AUGGCCCACCAAACCGCGCCACCGCCCCGCUUCAUCUUCUCCUUCAACGAGGCAGAUCCAGACGUUGCCUCCCUUCCCGCACCUCAGAAGGCUGCGUUGGGGUUUCGGCGGGCAGGACUGGGCCAAAGGAAGACGCAAUACGAUGGCGAUGACGAGUGGGUGCCAGAUUAUGGGCCUACAACGAAGAGGCGAGGGAGGAUGCGGUUCGUGCCGGCCAAGCUGAGCGCGUUUGGGGUCAUUCCGGUGAGCGAGGAGGUUCACGAGACGCUCGAAACGGAGUAUGAAGGGAAAGGAAAGGGAAAGGCGGUUGAGGAUGUCGCUGAGCAGGAUGUUCAGGCGGACAUCGUGGCGGAAGAAAUCGCUGUCGAGCCGGCAGCGUCCACUAGCGCAGGAUCUAGCAUCCAGCGCCGAGCACCAAUUCCAGGCCCGUCCGUGCGCGGGCUGUACGAGUCGAUUGUUGGGCUUUCGGUACAUUCAGCGCCCGCAUCGACGAAUUCGUCUCCUUCCACCUCGAAGCGAUCUACGCCUCCGCCACCUUCUCCGUCGCGCUCAGCAGCCGUUCCGCCAAGGCUCAUUCCGUCAAACUCGACCGCUCUCCACCCUGGCUCUUCCACCUCAUCGACCUCCUCAUCCGUUUCCUCCCAGACCCUCAAGCGGUCCGCCUCUCCCCCUUCAUCGCGUCUCGCUCGAGACACGACGAAGGAGACUGCGGACAUCGUGCUCUCAUCCGACUCAGAGGACGAGGAGGAACGUCCAACGAGACGGACUCGCCGCGCCAGACGGGUGAAGGAGGAGGACUCGGAUUCGGACGAUGUCGUCGUCAUCGACCCGCUCACGAACCUUCCCGAAGUCCCCUUCCGUCGCUCGUCCUCCCUCCCCUCGCCCUCCUCAUCCAGCGUUACGAGCCAACCUUCGACAUCUCGCGGCAUCUCCGGCCAAUCUUCCCCUUACGGGGCUUUCUCAGCCGAUGCGCCGCCUUCCAAGCGCCUCCAACCUCUCCUCAUCCACCAGCUUCUCCCGCCUGCCUCGACCUCCUCGGACACGACCGGAAAGCCAGCCGGCUUCAAACCGCUUGUUCCGCCGACUCACUACGCCAUCCGCCCUGACUCGCCUGGGUGGCAACUCCUCGCGCGGCAAGGAUGGAAGGAGGGACAGACACUUGGGCCUGUCACGCCUGAGGGAGAAGGGCGAGGACUCAGGGUCCCGCUGCGGCCGGUCGAGAAGCACGACCGGAAGGGACUGGGGCUGGGGACUGGCGAGGACCGCGGUGGCGGAAAGAGCGAGAGGAAACUGACGCAUGAGGAGCGUGAGCGGGAGCGGCGCAGGAAGGAGCGGGAAGAGCGGGAUAAGCGCGGCAGAGGGGAGCGAGGGAUGGAGCGGAUGAAGAAGCGCGAGGAGAGGGAGCGCAAGGCCAUGAUCGCCUACAUGAAUCGUUGA